UAAUAAAUGGGGUGACAGCACUUGUAACAACAUAUUUAGUAGUUAUGGCGUAUGUUAUGCCAUGGCAUGGUUUAGCAUUCUGCGUUGUGACUUUUAUUUUUGGUUUAGUUAAUACUCUAAAGGAUGAACCUUUACGUGUGUAUAUAACCAGUCGAAAUUACACGUGGUUUGAAGCCAGGAAACUCUGCACCCUAUUUAAAGUUGAGUCUACGCAUGUGCAAAUAAACGAGUUGACCGUUACCUCUCGUCUAAUGUGGACACAUGGGACUGCUACAUUUCUACCUUGGGUAGAAUAUCUAGGUUGUUUUGAACUGCAGAAAGAACGGGUAAAGGAAGCAAAAAGUGUAAAAGUGAAAGAAGGAACACAGUUAUCCGAUUGCUUGUUGUAUUGCCAAGGAUUUAAAUUCAUCGGCUUAAAGCAACACAAGUGUAUAUGCCUAAGUAAUAUCGAGUGGAACUCUCACUUCAUUAGAAGUCCUUGUAAUAUAUACCCGGUUAAAUGCCGCGGUGAUCCAGAUACGUUUUGUGGAAAACAAGGUGUUCCGAAAGACUCCUGUUUCUUUUCUGUUUAUAAAAAAGCAACCAUCAGUGAAGCAAAUGGUUUUGGAAACUGUCUGGCUAUUUCUAUUAUACCCGGUUCAUCAUAUUUCCUAGCACUGAAAUGUUCAACACAACUUCAUCGACUUUGCCUUUCUAAAAGCGUUUAUUCCAAUACCUUCUAUCCACAGUCAUAUUCACGCUUGUCAUGGAUAAGUUCAUUCCAAACGUGCCCGGACUCAUACAUGUUAGCCCGUUACAGUAUGAUGCCCGAUAGCACUCAUUUUACAGACGACGGGACAUAUUGGUUGUCUAACACGAGAAGGUGGAUUCAAGAACAACUUACAAACCCAGAAUAUUGUGUCGCUGUAAGAGUUCAGGACAAUGGCUAUCUGGAAAGAUUUCCCAUCAGAUGUCAUCAAAAACUCCCAGGUCUGUGCGUAACUCCAUCAUAUAGUCCACAGGAUGAUUCCACUGGAAGAGAAAUACUAACCUCCCAAGCUCCAACUGGGGAGCCAAAGACAGAACAGAAUGGAAAUAAAAUGAUAUCAAAAGAUCAAUAUGGAGUGACUGCUGGUCAGAGUUCAACUAAAAAUUUGAUUCGUAUUGGAUUGAUAGCUGUAUCAAGUCUGACAUUUCUAGUGGUUCUUGCAAUAAUUAUUGUUUGCAUAAGAAUGAAGAGACUACCUGCAAAUUCUCAAAAUAAUUCAGCGCCUGGAAAGGGUGUGGUUUAUGCAAAGGUUAAAAAGUCAACUAAUCGAAAAGGAAGCACCAAUCAAACACCAGUGCCCUCUACACCAGAGGACACAUACGAUCAUAUAGACCAUCGGCGUAAUCGAGAAAACCCAGACGGAAGUACGUAUGACACAAUGCAGAAUGUAAUAAUCGAGGAAGAAAAUGAAUACGAAUUUUCAAACGAAUCAGAAACAGGAGAGAACUUGUUUAUUUGCGAUUCCAUGGGUUACAGUCAAGUCAUUGAGGUUGUUGACACAUCAUAAAGUAAAGACUUAUAAACGGAGUUUAAUUAUCGAAUGUGAUAAUAAUUAGUUUUGGAGGAUAUCCAUAUCUUGUGAUAGAAAAAAACAUAUUUACUGUUUAUUAUAUUAUAGUUAUUUCAAGAGUUAUAAGCAAUGUGUUCUUUCUUUGGAUGUCAAUAGGAAAAACAAGUAUCUUUAACGAUUUGAUUCAAUUUAUGAACCAUAUCAAUAAAG